AUGACAAUCUAUGGUCAUAGACACUGUCAUCACGCUUCAAAUGAUCUAAAGCCAUCUUUAGACAAUGCGCCUUCAGUUCCUACAAACAUCGCUCACUCUCGUCUCAGUAACUUUCUUGCUGGAGCAGGCCAGUUUUACAGCAUGGGUAUUCAUAACCGUUUAUGGAUAUUGAGACAUAGUGGCGCCCCUCAUGUUCAACUCAAAGUAUAUAGUGUUCCUGAUGUAAAGAGAAUUCCCUUCGAGGACGCUAUUACACAAAAAUUUCAAGAUUUUACUAUUGGCCAACACGAUUUCGGCCCCAGCUGGACUACUCAUUGGUUUCAAGUGACAGUGAAGAUACCAGAGGCAUUGAAUGGACAUGAAGUGACUCUUCAAUGGGACAUGGGCUGCGAGGGCCUUGUCUGGUCACAUGAUGGUGUGCCUCUUCAAGGGCUCACUGGUGGCUCUGAUCAAGCUCGUCAUGAAUUUAUUAUUUCUAAAAAAGCCAAGGCAAAUGAAGUAUAUUUACUCUAUAUUGAGGCUGCUUGUAAUGGCAUGUUUGGCGUUGGUGCAAGCGAUUCGAUGGUUGCAGACCCCAAUCGAUAUUUCAAAUUGAAACAGGCUGAUUUAGUUGUAGCCAAUAAGCCCGUUCAAGAUCUCUAUCACGAUCUUACGCAAGUAAACAAGUUUAUUUUAAAAGGAAUCGCCUUUGAUACUGAUUCAAACUCUAUCCAGGCUAGAAAGGCUCUUUGGGUUGCCAACGAAGUCAUUAACCAUUUUAUUGGUGAUGAUAAGGCGGCCAUCAACGAGUGCAAUAGGCUCACAAGAGAAUUUUUAAACGAGCAGAAUGGAUCAGAAUUGCACCGAGUCACAGCUGUAGGCAACUGUCAUAUCGAUACGGCCUGGCUUUGGCCGUAUGAUGAGACAAAAAGAAAGGUUGCAAGAUCAUGGUCAAGUCAAUUAAACUUGAUGGAAAGGUACCCAGACUAUGUAUUUACUGCAUCUCAAGUUCAACAGUAUGAAUGGUUGCAAGAACUGUAUCCAAAGCUUUUUGAAAAGAUCAAAGCAGCUGAAAAGCAUGAGCAAUGGGAGAUUAUUGGUGGUAGCUGGGUGGAGCAUGACACAAACAUGCCGUCUGGGGAAUCUCUUUGCAGACAAAUGUUGCUUGGACAACGAUUCUUUGAGAAGCACUUUGGUAAAAGGGCUCGUGUGUUUUGGUUACCAGACUCCUUUGGAUACUCUGCUCAGCUUCCUCAAGUCCUUAAGCAAUCUGGAUGCGACUAUUUUUUCACUCAAAAGUUAUCAUGGAAUAACAUCAACAAGUUCCCUUUGACUACUUUUUGGUGGACCGGCAUUGAUGAAACGAAAAUAUUGGCACACCUUACACCUGCUGAAACAUACACUGCUUCUGUAACCCCUGCUGAACUAUACAAGUGUACAAGAAACCAUCACGAUCUUGAGCGUUCAAAUCACAGCCUUUUAGUUUACGGACAUGGCGAUGGAGGAGGAGGACCAACUACUGGGAUGCUUGAGAGAUUAAAGAGGAUGAAGAGUGUUGACGGUUUACCUAAAACAUCACCUGGAAGCGCAAUCCAAUUCUUUACAGAUUUGGAAAAGGACGCAAGCAGGCUUCAAGCAUAUAAAGGAGAACUGUACCUCGAGUUUCACCGUGGUACUUAUACCACGCAGGCUCUUGUCAAGCGAGGAAAUAGGAAAGGUGAAGUAAUAAUUCAUGAUGUAGAGCUUUUGGCUACCAUGGCAAAAAUCCACUCUAACCAUACAAGUGGCGAAUACAGCUAUCCAUUGAGCGAAAUCACGAACCUUUGGAAGUUACUCUGUCUCAAUCAAUUCCAUGAUUGUUUACCGGGAUCUGCUAUUAAACUAGCUUAUGUCGAUGUUCAUAAGUUUCAUCGAGAAGUUCUUAGCAAAUCUUUAAACCUUCGCCAUGAUGCACAAUCCUUUUUGAUAUCCCAAAAGCCUAAAAAAGACCAGCAGGAGAGUCAGCAAGGCGUUAUAGUCUUUAAUACUCUUCCUUGGCCACGUAAAGAGGUCAUUGUUGCUCCACAGAAAGGAACAAAGUGGUCUAAUCAGCAAUGGAAUAAGGAUGGCUACGAAUACUUGAUUGUUGACGGAGUUCCUGGAUUUGGAGCUGCAGGUUAUCUAGCAUCUAGUGCUGAUUUCGCGGAUGUGGGCUCUGAUAAAGCUGCAAAAGCAUAUGCUACCAAAUCCGGCUACUUCAUUCUCGAAAACCCUAUUUUGAAAGCAAAGUUUAAUAAGAAUGGUCAGCUGAUUGAAUUGAUUGAUAAACGAACCAGGAGAGGAAACCUCGUGCCAAACAAGUGUCGAGGUAAUGUCUUCCAGCUCUAUGAGGAUGUUCCCACCUAUUGGGAUGCUUGGGAUGUUGAAAUAUAUCAUCUUCAGAAAUACGUAGAUCUGGAAGAUCAUGGACAUAUUGAAGUGCACUCAGAAGGUCCACUCAAGGCAGAGCUGUUACUAGUCCACAAAAUAUCCGAUGUCAGCUCUAUUAAGCAAGUCAUUAGCUUAACGUGUAUAGGAGAGCGUUUGGAAUUUGAUAAUGUAGUGGAUUGGCACGAAAGUCACCAGUUUUUGAAAGUCGAAUUCAACUGGGAUAUAGUCUCUGAUUACGCAACCUAUGAUAUUCAGUAUGGAGUUGUCAGAAGACCUACUCAUUACAAUACAACGAUAGAUUCUGCAAGAUUUGAGGUCUGCGGUCAUAAAUUCACAGAUUUGUCAGAAGCAAACUAUGGAGUAGCUCUGAUGACCGACUGCAAGUAUGGCUAUGCUACUCAUGAAAAGACGCAGCGCUUGUCCUUACUUCGUUCACCCAAAGGGCCAGAUGAGGAUGCUGAUAUGGGUCAGCAUAAAUUCAAGUAUGCCAUUUAUCCUCAUAUUGGAAAUUUCUCAGUAUCAAACGUAAUGCAGUCAGCAUUAGAGUUCAAUACUCCUAUUUCUAUUCGUAAUGGAGAUGGAAGCGAAGUCUGUAGCGGGGAAAUGAUUAGCUCUUUAUUUUAUCUUGAACCCUCGCGUGAGAUUAUAAUUGAUACUGUCAAGCUCGCUGAAGAUGACCAAGGACAAGGUAACCAGGUUAUACUACGUCUAUAUGAAGCUUAUGGUGGAAAGAGUACUGCCGUUUUGAAGAGCUCGCUGAAUAUCAAAAAAAUUCAAAUCUCAAACGUAUUGGAAGAUGAUACGGGAGAAACAUUGGAACGAAACCUUGAUGGCGACUUCAUUGUCACAUUAAAGCCUUUCCAGAUAUUAACUCUCAAGGUGGACCUAAACUAA